AUGAACGCUUACCUGUUGUCCCGUAAACCCAGCCGCAAGACCAACACCAGCUUCAUGCUGCAGUUAGGAAGCGCCCUGGCCUUCCUCCACCGAAACCAGAUCAUCCACCGAGACCUGAAGCCUGACAACAUCCUCAUCUCCCAGGGAAGGACCUUGGCGGGAACACCCGAGCCCACCCUGAAGGUUGCCGACUUCGGCCUGUCCAAGGUCUGCUCCACAUCGGGUCUUAACCCUGAGGAACCAGCAUCUGUCAACAAGUGUUUCCUUUCCAUGGCGUGCGGCACAGACUUCUACAUGGCUCCAGAGGUGUGGGAGGGCCACUACACGGCUAAAGCAGACAUCUUUGCCCUGGGCAUCAUCAUCUGGGCCAUGGUGGAGCGGAUCACGUUCGUGGACGUGGAGACCCAGAAGGAGCUCCUGGGAAGCUACGUGCAGCAGGGGGAGGAGAUCGUGCCCCUGGGGGAGGCGCUCCUGGAGAACCCCAAGAUGGAGCUGCUGAUCCCGGCAAGGAUGAAGAGCAUGAAUGCCGGCAUGAAACAGCUGAUCAGGGAGAUGCUGUCGUUCAACCCUCAGGAGAGGCCUGACGCCUUUGAACUGGAGCUCCGACUGGUCAGGAUCGCCUGCAGAGAGCUCGACUGGGACACGUGA